AUGAUCGCGGCGGCCCGGGAGGCUCCGCGGCGGCGCCCGGCCCCGCCCACCCCCCGCCCCCGGCCCCCGCGGCGCCCGGCGCCCCCACUCGCCCCGCCAACGGCCCUGCCCGCGCAGCCCAGGCCCGGUCCUGCGAAUCGGGGUCCGCUCCCCCGCCCUCCGCGCCCCCGCCCGCGCCCGCGCCGAGCGCCCGAAGCGCGGGAGCCGCGCGCGCCCUGCGGGACGCACCAUCCCGCCCCGGCCACCGAGGGGGAGCGCCGAGGAGCCGCCCGGCCUCCAGUGACGCCGCGCGCCUCUGCCGCCACCCACGGCUCCGGGGUAGCUGGCGCCUGCCAGCCCGCUCUGGCCCUUGCGGUUCCAUGGCCGCCGCUCUGCAACGAGCGGGCCCCGAGGACGAGGGGAAACCCGCUCCCCCCUCGGCGGGGCCGGAGUGAGCCGGUCCCGGGGAGGAGGGGAGCUGGCAGGCCCCUCCCGUCGCCACAUGCGGCUGCUCGGGGGCGGCGCAUGCGCGCGGCGGAGGGGGUGGGGCCUUGGGGCCGCGAGUGGGAGCGGGAGCGGGAGCGUUUCUGCGGCCUCCUCGGGCUUGUUGGCCCUGGGCAGAGUGGGGUUGGGUGUCCCGGCUGUUCGCAGUGGCCGCGAGUGCAGCCGGACCUGCAGUAGUACCUGAGCCGCUCUGGCCGAGCAAGCUCGCCUCCCUUCCGCCAAGAUUCACAGAACACGGCAGAGUGGCCUCGGGAUCACCUGCCCAAGACACCUGCACGACCGGAAGUUGGGAGAAGAAAUAAGGCCAUGAUGACGAACGCAGCCUUUCUCGUUUAUUUCCAAUCCCACAACAAACCGGAGUCCAGGAACUCAUGGGUGAUUAUCGGACUAUUACCUAGUCGUAAAACUGUGGAGCAUUGGUGUCUAAAGGAAUCUGAGACAGACCCGCAGUGUCUCCCCCACAUGCCUUAAGUCACUUCUGCCAAGCAGAAAAUCAUUUUUAAGUAAAUGUUAGUGAAAUUGGUUUUAAAAAAGAGAAGGGGCCGGGCGCGGUGGCUCACGCCUGUAAUCCUAGCCUUUAGGAGGCCGAGGUGGGCGGAUUGCCUGAGUUCAGGAGUUCGAGACCAGCCUGGGCGACACGGUGAAACCCCCGUCCCUACUAAAAUACAAAAAAUUAGCCGGGCGUGGCGGCACGCGCCUGUAAUCCCAGCUACUCAGGAGGCUGAGGCAGGAGAAUGGCUUGAACUCGGGUGGGGGAGGUUGCAGUGAGCCGAGAUCGCGCCGCUGCACUCCAGCCUGGGCGACAGAGCGAGACUCCGUCUCUGAAAAAAAAAAAAACGAGAAGGCUUUCAAAAUUACUCUGCGGUACACUAAUUUAACAGAUUAGAUCACUCUCCAGGCUUUAAGUUGGUCUUUGUUCUACCCUUUUUUUAGUGUAUGAUAAAAGUUGUGUUGGUUCGUUGAUCAGCAUGCAAUGAACUCUGGCUCUUGUUAAUCAGGUGAAUACAGUUUUGUCCUUACAUUUGUAUGUAUGUCAUGAGUGGUUUUGUAUGGGCAGGAGGUAAAUAACGCACAUUUACAUAUACUUAAUGAUUUAUCAUUCCAAUGUUUUCUGGUUGUUUUAGUCUUUCAUUUGUCUCUUGAACAAUCUGAAACAUCCCUAUUCUAAGGCUAAAAAAUUUCCUUUACAAACUUAGGUUAAACAUUCCUAAUCUGAAAUCCAAAAUGCUCUAAAAUUCGAAUUUUUUUGAGUGCUGACGUGACCCCACAAAUGGAAAAUUCCACACUUGCCCUCAUGUGACACUGGGUGACAGUCAAGUCACAAUCAAGCCUGGUGUGGUGGGCACCUGUAGUGCCAGCUACUCGGGAGGUUGAGCAGGAGGAUUGCUUGAGCCCAGGAGUUUGAGUCCAGCCUGGACGAUAUAGCCAGACCCUGUCUGUAAAAAAACAAAAACAAAAACAAAAAAAACAACAUUUUUUUUAAAAAACGCCAUCAAAACUUUGUUUCAUGCACAAAAUUAUUUAAAAUAUAUAAUAUAACCUUACCUUCAGGCUAUGUGCGUAAGGUAAGGUGUAUGUGAAACAAAUGAAUUUCUCAUUUAGACUUGGGUUCCAUCCCCAAGAUAUCUUAUUAUGUGUAUGCAAAUAUUCCAAAUCAAAAAUAUCUGAAAUACUUUUGUCCCAAGCAUUUCAGAUAAAGAUUACUCAACCUGUAAUAAAAACACUGAGUGCUUGCCUGAAGGAAAAACCAAGAAUUUGUCAUCCAUCCUUAAAUUUUUAUGACACCCUUUGUAAUCAGGAAACCUUUUAAUACCUAAGAAUAUAUUUGAUAUAUUCUGGUAUAUGUUUAUCAUUCUGAUGUUUAAUGUUCUAUGUUGGGCAUAUAUCAGUGUAAUAAAUACAUUAGAUCCAAAUACAGAUCAUGCCGCGUUUUUAUCGA